AUGAGUGCUUUAGUGUUAGGUGCUACAGGUUUAUGUGGUGGUUUCUUCCUUAAAUUUACAAAUGCUUCUGCAAAAUUAUCAAAAGUUUAUUCAAUUACUAGAUCUAAACCUUCAAUUCCAAUCGAUGAACAAAAAGUGAACCUGAUUAUGAAUAAAGACAGUGAAAACUGGGAUAAAUUAAUCCAAGACUUAGAUGGUGACGUUCAAUACUUAUUCACUGCUUUGGCAACUACUAGAGCCGCUGCAGGCGGUACCGACAAACAAUAUGCAAUUGAUCACGACUUAAAUAUGAAAUUGGCUCAAGCAGCAAAGGAGAAAGGUUGCAAGACUGUCGUGGUAGUAAGUUCCAUGGGUGCAAAUGCCGAUUCGUAUUUCUUUUAUCCAAAGAUGAAAGGUGAAAUUGAAAACGAUUUAAUUGCAAUGGGGUUUGAAAAAACUAUUAUUCUAAGACCUGGUAUUAUCUUGGGGGAUAGAGGUAAUACAGCACAUUCUGGUGCAGGGAAUGGGUUGGCAACUACUUUAGGUGGAAUGUUUUACAGAUCUAGAUUACAAAGAUGUAUGGCUUAUCCAGUUGAAGCAGAAGAGAUUAGUAAAGUCGGUGUCCAUUUAGCAUUGAAUGAUGAUGAUUCAAAGGAAAAGGUUAGAUUUGUUGAAAGUAAAGAAAUCCUUGAAAUUGCCGCUAAGAUUAAAGAUUUGUGA